AGGUUAUGUUUUUGUUUGUAAUUGUGUUCCGAGUCCGACAUGGGCGACAUGUAAUAGAAAACAGUUUGUGUGUUCAAUAAAAUAUACAGUACCUAGUUACCAUUAGAAACAAAUAACGUAAAAUGUUAAAAAGUGCUGUGCGUACCAGCUAUUGGCUGGUUCGUCGAACUAUCAAUAAAACCCCUGCAGUAAUUCCGUCUUCACAACCCAAAUCAUUUAGAACAGAAAUUGUAUUAAAUUGUAAAUUAUACUCAAGUGAUGUUAAUAUUUCGAAUAAUAUAGAGCAGGCGGUUUUUGAGGAUAUAUGUAACGAAACAUUAGAAUCAUUGUGUGAAUAUUUUGAAGAGGUAAUUGAUCAAUCUUCGAGUCUCAAAGGUGCUGAUGUAACUUUUAGUGAUGGAGUACUUACCAUCUUCUUAGGUCCUGAGCAUGGGACAUACGUUAUAAACCGACAGACACCCAACAAACAAAUUUGGCUAAGUUCACCUGUUUCUGGACCGAAACGUUAUGACUUAGCAUUGGAAAAUGGUGGCUACUGGGUCUACAAACACGAUGGAGUAACACUACACAAACUACUCCAGAGUGAAAUUUCAAAGAUCAUAGAAAAGGCAGAUUUUUCAAAUUGUGCACAUUUCAAAUAAAUCAGAUUCCUUUCAUAGAUGCUCGUAACUGUUUAUGAAGUUGUUCCUGGUUGUUGUAUAAAAUAUUGUAUUAUAUAGAUAGGUCUU